UUUUAUGCAAAAAAAUUGUAAGUUUAUAAAAAAUUAUUCUUACAAAAAGUUUAGUAAAGUUUUCUACUCGUCUUAAAACGUAUGUCUACAAUAUUUGCUGAAUUUAAUAUCGUUCAAAACAAAUGAAAAUAAAUGAAACUCGAAAGUAUUAAAAAGGAUUUCAAAUUAAAGUCUGACAGACAGACAUAUGUAUGUUGUAUAUGAAGAAAAUAUUAAAAAAAAAGUUUAAAAUUUAAAUAAUAAUAAAAUGUUACAAGAAUUACUAUAAAAAUAAAAUAAAAAAAAAUAAAAUAAAUAAAUAAAAUAAUUUCAACGUUUUCAUCAUCAUCAACAUGGUGCAAGCCAUAGAUAUAGCCGCGAUAACUGGUCACAAUGAAAUGGAUCCCAGCAAACGUACAAAACCCUCAACACUGCGUCGCACUUUAAAUGCCCUGCGUCAACGUUUAACGAAACGUAAUCGUUCGAAACCGCCCGAUUGGUUUCUUGAACGUUUCUCUAAUACCACAAAUACCGACAAGAUUGGUAAAACACCACCAGCCGACAAUAAUAAUGAUGGCAGCAACACAAAUCCUGCCGAUUCGGGUCCAGCAUGUGAGAUACGUGGUUCGAGUCGUUUAUGUAAUCGUUUGUCGGUUAAUCCUACUUUACAGUCACAUUAUCGGUGGCUGGCAAUUGUCUCCUUAGCUGUGUUAUACAAUAUCAUUUUUGUAGUGGGUCGCUCUGUAUUUUGGGAAAUAAUCUGCGAGCCACACCAGUAUGGUAUUUCUUAGAUUAUUUAUGUGAUUUUAUUUAUCUAUUGGAUACGCUGGUUCAUAUGCAUGAAGGU